AGGCCAGUGCGCGGAGCCACUUCAUUCUGUGGGGCCAUUACUUAUGUGGGAGUGUCCCCGGUGGAUGUUCGAUGGAUGCAAGCCAAAGUUUCGUUCAGAAAUGGACUGGUCGCCCACUAGGAACACCAGAUGAUGAAGCUGAGGCCUUGCGUGCUGCUUUGUCAGAACACCCGCAUCCAAGAGCUUCAAGACCUGACUUUCUUCUUUGCACAAACCUGGCGGUCUUUUGUUGGUUGUUGCGGCGUCGGGGUAUGCGAAACAAAUUGCAGGACGUCGGGCCAGCUUUGCACGUGCUUGGAAUGGCAUUCUUGGCGGAUGUGCCGGACAUUUGGCGCUUAGAGAUGCUCGAGGACUUCCACCUUUGGUGGCAGUCAGUGGACAAGGAUAUUUUCGCAGCCUCUCAGGAGCUUCUGUCUGUCCAGAUGUGGUGGCAGAUGGGGGUCAGGAUCCCCUUCGUGCCGCUUGCUGGGACUUACCACACUGGGGCUACAUAUGAUCCACCCCAAAAACCAACGCUGCUGGUCUUGCGGAGUGCUUUUUGGCAUUUGCCGGCUGGGCGUGUUUUUGCUUCCCUGAUGGAGCGCUUCGCUUCAACGGGUGUGCACUUGGCAUGGCUGGGGCGAUAUGAUUUUUCCGUGCCAGAGCAUGGCCCGCAGGAGCCAAAGUGGCGCAGCCUCGACGAGAUGGCUCGGCACACAUGUGCGCUAGAUGUGCCAGCGGAGCUGUCGCAGCUCAAGGUGAGAGAUGUCAUGAGCAUUGGCUUGCCUUUGAUGUCGCCCGAACGUGCUUGGAUUCUGCGGUUGCUACACGAUAUGUACCGCGGUUGGGGUCAGCUGCAUGUUGAGUACAGCAGUGAGCGAACGCCUAGAAUUGAGAAGGAUGAUUGGCCUCAUGCGCCCUUCUACGAUCCUAAGGUGGACCCAAUCAGCAGGCGUCAAACGACGCGGCGUGAGGGAUGACGCGUAUUGUGGGAUCUCUUCGAAUGGGCGGUAUGGCCAAGCUGCAUCCAUCAGUCUUCAAUCAGCCGUUGCCAGGUCUGAGCAUGUGUUACACCAGCGCCUGACGCCUGAAUAGCUAAAGGGUCCAUGAGGCUUCGUGUGCUGGUUUUCCUGGCAAGUCUGUGGUACACCCGAGGUCUUCGGUCUCGAAGGUCGGAUUAGCCCUUGGAUGCGGUGAACACGCGGUUGUCAUGUCCCUCUGUUGCCAUGAGGCCCGUUUCAGAUCGUGCACGAUGAUUGCAUGAAAGGAAAGGUGAGGCAUGGUGAGGCAGAAGAAGGCUGCAUUUUAUUAGGGCACGUUGCAGAACAACAGGUGUUUUCGAAGAGUCAGCCAUAGACUUCCAGCGUCCAGCGGGUUGUCGCUGGUGUUUGGAUCGGAUCCAUAUCCGCCAUUUGUGUCUUUCCUGUGGAUGGUUGGUACCCUGAGGUGCCGACGUACAGCACCGUCUCAGCAUGGAGUACCAACCUCAUGCAGCCACCAUCCAUCCACGCACGGUUCUCACGCUACCUUGUCCUUGCGCCCCUCUUCCAUAUGCCAAUCACCUGCAAGGCCCCAAAGUCGCAGUGGACAAAAAGCACACCAGUGUCAGCGGAUCCAGCCCUUCAAGAAACAGGAAGAUUUCGGGACCCACAGGAGACCAGGGACACAGGUCGUCUUGUGUGUUCCUUGUCUUGGUGGGAUGGCAAUGUGGGUAUUUUUCAUCACAGCCACUGCCCAAUUUCUGUGGAUUGGAAUCCAAUCAUUUGGUGGUGGAAAAGAGCGUCCACCACCAAUUCCGGCACACCUGCUUUUUUCCUUUGCUUCACAGCUGUGUCCUGAGCCUUAUCCUCUUCAGCAUCGAUUUCAGGUUCUUCACUCUCGGAAGCCUCGGAGCCAUCACAACAGGAACCUUUCAGACAAGACAUGUUUUAUGCACCGGUCUGGUGAGAAACAAUAGGAAACAUCUUGCUGCAAACAAGGGGAUGACUUGCUACUUGCUAGAUGUUGUACACCAAUCGAGUUCCCAUUUAUCGUUUGGAAAGAAACCAAGCCUGGGCCUUGACCCUUUUGAUACGAUAGAGGGGUGCUCACUCUGGCACACCUGCUUUCUUCCUUUCCCGAGUCCGGAGUCCUGGGAAGGGGUCUGUGUUUUCUUCGGAGAACCCGGUUUCCGAAGACCGCCACGGACCGAGCGGUCACUUGGACGACCUUGCAGGCUCUCAUAUUGGUUGCCCUUGGCUGAUCACUUUCGUUAUCCUCAUGUCCUGCACUUCGCCUCGCUGCCCGAGAUGCUCCACAUGGCGGCUGGGCGGUUGCCGCUGCUUCUGCUGUGAGAUACGCCCCCCUACACACAGCUGGAGACCAUAUUGUGAGACAUCGUUGUUCAGCACUUCUUGAAAUAGACCCCCCAAAAUAGAUAGAAAAGUAGAUCCCCGCUAAGAAUGUAUUGGAAACCACUUCUAUCCAUUUGCGGAUUACUAUACUAUACAACUUGACUUUACCAGAUGGUUUUGAUGUUCUUUGCCUUGUCUCAGGUGCAUCACACCAACUGGGCGGAUGUCAGUGUGAAAUUGCGUGCGCACAACCGCAAAGUGAUCAUCAACAGUGAGCAGUUCUACAGACGAAGCUUAUUGGAAUUGAUUGUGAC